GAGUGAGCUUUUAGAAUACAGGCGUUAGACUAUCGAGAAUUUGGACCACUAGAAUUGACGACAAGCUGACGACAGCUGUGUGCAUGCAUGGAGUGAAAUUCCACAGAAUUAAACUAUUUUUUCUGUAUGAAACAGCAAAUCGAAUUCGUUACAUACAACAAUGGAUAAAUGAUUUUUACACGUUAGCCGCAGGCACUCUCAUAUAUAUUCAUUACUCAGGCUGAAAUGUGCGAACCUCUUUUCUGGCUUCCAGAUCCUUCAUUUGCGCAAGACCAUCACAUAUUACUUACAAAGCUCUGCAAAUAUGAUCACAUUAACCUCGUGUUUAUCUUUUGUGCACAGUAGGGAGUAUAAAAGCAUAGCUUAUUUAACAUUCUUACUUCUCUACUUAGUUCAUAAAUUUCAACUCCUCCACAUGACAGAAUGGAAUUCUUCACGAACUCCACAAUCCUUCUUCCCAAUACUAUGUUAAACACGACGUUAUCCAAUGGAUCUACUCGUUCAGGAUAUGAUGGCUACGAUGGGGAGAACAUUAUAUCUGCCGUAUUCUCGUCAAUACUUGCUUCAGUCGUUUUGGUCGGCAAUGGAAUGGUGAUGCUCGCUUUCAAAGUAAACUACAAACUGAGAACUGUCACAAAUAUGUGUUUUGUGAGCUUAGCUUUGUGUGACUUUCUUGUUGGUCUUAUAUCCAUUCCUUUAUGGGUCUAUUACACCUUCAACUCAGUCAGUAACAUGCACCUAUACCUGUUCUACAUAUCCUUCGAUAUUUUCAACGGCACUGCGUCAAUAUUUCAGUUGACGGCAAUCAGUUUAGAGCGAUGUUUCUCGAUCGUUGCCCCGGUUCGUCACCGUUCGAUGCCAGUGUUUUUUUACUACGCCAUGGUGUUCGCGGUUUGGUUUCUUGCAAUUGUGAGCACGUUGUUGAGACUUCUACCUCAAAAGAAUGUCACUGAUGGAGAUUGGUACAACAUUUAUACAAUUCUCGUGUGUUUUCUUCUUCCUGUGCUGAUAAUGACGACAUCAUAUUCCCUGUUAUUCCGCACUGCAGUGAAGCGAUCUCGUCUGAGCAUGCGUUCAAGCAAAAACCAACAAGUUAGUUGGUCAAGUCAACGUAAAACCAUCAUAACCUUGUUAAUAGUAACAGGGUUGUUUGUAAUAGCUUGGUCACCAUUCUUCGUUUAUCUUGCCCUGGCUCGCUAUCUUCCACAAGCACUGCCUAAAACUAUUGAAGGACGGAUCCAUCUUUGGCGGUUUGUAAAAUGGAUGCAUUACAGCAACAGUUGUCUCAAUCCGUUUGUUUACUCGUUCCGAAACAGAGAAUUCAACUAUUCUUUCAAGAUGAUAUUCCAAGCUUGCAUCAAGUGCAAGAAGUUUGAAGAGGUCAACAGACAGUUAAAGAGACCAACAAGAUUUGGUAUACGGCGUCACACUCGCGAUGGAAACUCUUUUUCACAGACCUUGUGCGGUGGACACAAUCAAACUAUGCGAAGCUCGUUGAAAGAUGCUAACGACGAAAACACGAAUUCACGAUUUACAGAAAGCAUCAAGUUGAAUACAAUCAAUCCAAACGAAAUCAAAGUUAGUGUUAUAGACGUGAAUGGUAACGAUUGAUUAAUUGACCAAAAACCUUAACUAUCAUUAGUCCAAACUAAAGUUGAGGGCAAUUCAUGAAACGCUAUCAUAACGAUAAUCGAUAGUUACCAGAUAACGUGAAUAUAGAAUCAUUGCAUAGAAGUUUAUCCCAAAUGAUACAAUGAUUUUUGAAUGCAUUGAAUAAAUACACUAACUGGAAACACUAGAUGUGGAUUGUAUUGU